AUGUACCUUUAUCGACCUGGACGACGGCGGAAAUCACCAUCAGUCACACUCACGACUGCGCUAGCUCUUCUCCCCCUUGGAAAUGCGUUCAAGCUACCGUGGCCGUUCCCUUCUAAACGGUUUACUGGAAAUUCUUUGAUAGAUGCAGGAACUAUGGGUCUCAGUGGGGACAAUAGAGUCGUUGCUUUUGGAGACUUCAACGGGGACCAAUUAUUGGAUGUUUUAUCGUUGGCCUCUGAUCAGCAGACACUUUCAGUCCAUCAUUGGAGUCACGAGGCGUUUGCUUUUCAGUCUUCUGGGUCAUUCAAGCACCCACGCAGAGUUUACAACGUUGUUCCCGGAGACUUUACGCAUUCUGGAAAACUUGACCUCCUCGUUAUGAGCCAAAGCGUCACCGCCAACCAAUUGGAGUUGACACUAUAUCCUGCCCUCGUCGGCGGGGGUUUUGGUACGUCAAGCUUAAUUUCGUUUCUUCCGCCUUCCACCCUUGCCCAACCAAUACCCAUUGAUAUUGACGGGGAUAUGAAAAUUGAUCUCCUAGGCAUUAAGCCUUCCGCAUCUCAGGGACCUCUGAAGAUCUGGCAAAAUGUAUGGAAUGCUUCUCAAGCUGAUUCACCCUUAUUUGAGAUAAUUGAUGCGCCUUUCCACGGAUCUCAAUGUUCUCUGGCAAAUCCUCAUAGCAAUGCUGUUGUCGACCUUGACGGGGAUUGUCUUGCAGACGUAUUCCUUGUUUGUAACGAUGAGAAAGGAGGCCAGUCCUACCAAAUAUGGGUGAACAACAAAGACAAUGGCUUCAGUCUCUCGCAGGCGGGCUUACUACCUCCCGGAACGCAAGCGAUUUCGUUUGCUGACAUAAAUCGUGACGGGACGAUUGACAUGGUUUUUCCUACUUGUGCCCAUGUGUCUUCCUCGACAGGCGUGGGCACAGACUGCUACAUCAAUAUAGCCUUCAAUGAGCAGCUUCGAUUAUGUGCAUCGUCCACGGACUCUGGUGUCAAAAACGGAGUUCGCGUUUGUCGGCCACCAGAGGAUUUGUGUACCCCAGAUUCAGAUUUUCGAUUUAACCUUACAAAUAGUCCUGAUAACCCUGCAUUCAUUCGCUUCCCUCUGUCUUCCCUCUUCCCUCUAUCCCCUUCACUGCUUGUACUUGACACGUCCUUGAAGCCACCCUUACCUGUUCCCAUCAAGCUUGGUGACGCUAAUUUGGAUGGGUAUCCCGAUUUUCUUAUUAUCACCGUGUCCGGAAAGAGAGAACGUGUUCCCAGCCUCGUAUUUUCCGUUCCUUGUGCGGACGGUGUAGCCGGGUGCGUAUCUAAUGAGCGCGAGAAACGUGGGUGGAAAGUCGCGAGCCACGGCGCAGAAACCUUAGAGGCCAUUAAAGACGCCCGAGGGGUGUCAUUUUUGGACAUGGAUGAAGAUGGAACUCUUGAUAUUAUGGUCCAACGAACGGGAGACGCUGGGCAAGGACAUGUUCUUUUCAUUCAGAAUAACUUCUACUACGACGCUUUCUUUUUGAAAGCAAUCGUCCUCAAUGGCGCCUGCGACAAUGGGUGGUGUUAUACCCUGAAUAGCUCUGAGCGUUAUCAUCCCUUCGGUGUCAGCUACUCUGGCGCGUCAUACAAAUACACUGUUCUUGACACCACAGGCCACCGUUCAGCUGCUCAAGUUGGUCAGCUCCCACAGACAUCAUACCACUCGCUUCAAACUCCAUAUUCCUUCUUUGGACUCGGUCGCACGAACAAUUAUAUCGAAAACCUGUUCGUUGGAACAACCGUCCACUCAAAAGAGCAUUUUAUCAACAUGGAAGGUGUCAUUCCCAACUCCAAGGUGGUCAUCCUUCCGUCUGCCAAGGAAGGUGAGGCUUGGAAACGCGAACUCUUCUUAAGACCAGGAGAAUGGAUCCCAUGGGUAACCGUGACCGUGGUCGUUGGAACAAUUGUGUUGGCGAUCAUCGUAUUUGUACUUCAUUUGAACGAGAAGAGGGAGGACGAACUGGAAAGAAGAAGAGUUUCACAUCAUAUCAACUUCGAUGCCUUGUGA